AUGGGAUUUGAGGAAAGAUUGACAGAACCUGCUUUAAAGUUCAGGUUAUUUUUAGACAAGUUUCCAAAUAUAACCAACGUAUAUGUUAUUGCGUCUCUUUCAUGUAUAUCUGGUUUGAUGUUCGGUGUUGAUAUAUCUUCGAUGUCAGCAUUUCUUAACAAUAAAAACUACCUUGAAUUCUUUGACACGCCUGGAACAACGAUUCAAAGUUUUAUAACUUCGGCGAUGGCGUUUGGGUCUAUUUUUGGUUCCAUCUCAUCAUCGUUUGUGUCGGAACCAUUUGGUAGAAGAGCGUCGUUGAUGCUUUGUGCUUUCUUCUGGUGUGUUGGAGCAGCGAUACAAUCAUCAUCGCAAAAUCGAGUUCAAUUGAUUUUAGGUCGCAUUAUUUCCGGGUUUGGCGUGGGAUUUGGCUCAUCUGUGGCUCCUGUCUAUGGUUCUGAGUUAGCCCCAAGAAAUACUAGAGGUCUAAUUGGUGGAUUAUUCCAGUUGUCGAUAUGCACUGGAAUAUUGGUUAUGUUCUAUAUCUGUUUUGGUUUGGGUCAUAUCGAUAGUACGGCUUCUUUCAGGAUAGCGUGGGGCUUGCAAAUUGUUCCAGGGCUUUGUUUGUUUAUUGGAUGUUUUUUCAUUCCCGAAUCACCUAGAUGGUUAGCUAGACAAAAUUGUUGGGAUGAGGCUGAGGUUAUCAUUGCCAACGUUUUAGCCAAGGGUAACAAAGAAGACCCGGAUGUUAUAGUCGAAAUAUCUGAAAUCAAGGAACAAUUAAUGAUGGUUGAGAAUGCAAAAUCAUUUACGUACCUUCAAUUGUUUUCGAAGAAGUAUAUUCUACGAACAUUUACUGCAAUCUCUGCUCAAGUCUGGCAAAACCUUACUGGUAUAAACACUUUGAUGUAUUAUAUUGUUUAUAUUUUCGAUAUGGCGGGUUACAGCGGUGAUUCAAACUUAGUAGCCUCUUCGAUUCAAUAUGUUUUAAACUUUGUUAUGACGUUACCUGCAUUAUAUUUAAUUGAUAAAAUUGGUAGAAGGCCAAUAUUAUUGGUUGGUGCAUUGCUUAUGAUGAUAUGGCAGUUCGUUAUUGGUGGAGUUUUAGCGACAUACGGAAAGUCAGUAGAUGAAGUCCGCGGUAAUGACACGGUAAGAUUGCGAAUCCCAGAGGAUGAAAAGCCAGCCGCCAAAGCAGUAAUCGCCAGCUGCUACUUAUUUAUUGUCGCUUUUGCACCUAGCUGGGGUGUGUGUUUAUGGACUUACUGCGCGGAGGUAUGGGGAGACAACAUUUCAAGACAGAGAGGUAAUGCAUUAACUAAUGUCGGCAAUUGGAGUAUGAAUUUUGCAAUCGCUAUGUUCACGCCAUCCGCGUUUAGGAAUAUUUCGUGGAAGACGUACAUCAUUUUUGGUGUGUUAUGUGGAUGUAUGUCCAUUCAUGUAUUUCUUUCCUACCCGGAAACCAAAGGUAAGAGAUUGGAAGAAAUUGGACAAAUAUGGGACGACGGAAUCCCUGCUUGGAAGUCUGCAUCGUGGACACCGCUUGUUCCUGUAAUAUCUACGGAAGAACUAAAUAUCAAAGUGGAAACCAAGCAUACUGAGUCGAUACAGUAA